AUGACGAGAAAAUUUCUAUUUUGUUUCCCGUUGAGGUUGGGGAAUAUUGUGUUUGGUUACAUAGUAAUUAUAUUUAGCUUAACUGUUAUGUUAUAUCACCUCAUCUACACAGUUCUAAUGUUACUUGGAAAAACUCAAAUAGAAGUGAAGUUAGACGAUUCGUUUUCUCAAGGGCUUUUUGGCACAAUAUACUUAUUUGUCUACAUUGUGUUGGCAUUUCUGCUGUUCCUCUUUGCGGUUUUAUUUACUGUUGGUGUUUAUAAGUUGAACGUAUGCGCAAUAACAACUUUCUUCGUGUACAGUUUUAUUCAUGUUUUCUUGACGAUUGUGCUAAUAGCUUGGGCGUCGAUAAUAACAGAUUGGCCCCGACUUGCAGUUCUUGUCGUAUCUGAUGUGCUCCUGAUACUUUGCCUAUUUAGCGUGAAAUAUUUGAAGGAUGCAGUACAGACCGGCAAAAUGUACCAUCGACCAGACGAACCUAUUAAUUUAUAU